AGAAGUUCCAAAGGCAGCUAUUGGCAUUUGUGCUGAGGCUCUGGGCAUGGUUAAUUUGACCAAUAUUCCAAGAGGCCACAUGGAGUUUGUCACCUGUGACAAAAAAACUUUAAUGCAUUAGGGAUGAAAAAAACUGCUCCUCACUGACUGUUGUGAUCUCUCAGACAGUAAAAGACAACUCAGCAGUAACUUGAAGUCCAUGGCCCAAAAUGACUCUACCACUAGAGACUCUUUUCCAUAAAGAAGAAGACCAGACUGGAGGCUGGGAUGAGCAUGCCACUGCAUCAGAUUUCUGCCAUUCCAUCCCAAGAUGCCACUGCUGCUAGAGUCUACAGAAGUAAAACCAAAGAAAAAGAGAGGGAGGAACAGAAUGAGAAGACUUUGGGACAUUCCAUGAGUCACUCAAGUAACAUCUCUAAGGCUGGGGGUCCUCCGUUGGCUUCGGCUCCAGUGUCUGCCUUCUCUCGCACUUCUGUCACGCCAUCCAAUCAGGACAUCUGCAGUUCCAGUGCAGUGUUUUCUGAGUGUUGUCACCACAGUCCUGUGCAGUCUGCUGUUGUCUUGAAAACUCCUCAGUGCCAGAGUUCCCUGACCCAAGGGCUCACUGUGACAGUAAUCUGUAAAGACGCAUUACAGGCGCCAAAGAGAAAUUCCUGUGGUUCAGAAUGGGCCCAGGCCUUGAAGCCUACUAAGCAUACCAAAGCCAGAAGAACACUGAAGUUCUCAAAAUCCCUAAAUGAUGUGGGUGAGAAGGCCCUGGACACUUUGGGAAGUUUUGACUACGUGGAAAGAACUUGCUCAGAAGGAAAAUUGAUACUCCCUCAAGAUCCAUGCCUCAGAAUUAACAGGUUUCACCAUAAAGAUAAAAGAAUACUGAAUUGCAAACCUUUUGGCAGUUCCAAACUUUCUUGUGUUUCAUCCCUUUCUGCCAAUCAUUCAGUUGCCUCAGAGGUGGAAGUUGGCAAGGGGGCCAUGCGUGUCCCACUUUUGGAAGAGAAAGUGGAUGGCGAGGCCUUGUCCAGAAGCCAGCGACUGCUUCGGUACCUGUUCUCGCUCUCGCAUGGCUCAAGUGCUAGCAGCCUGCACAGGUUUCACGAGCUGGAGAGCUGUGCUGCUCACCUGCACACGGCCGAGUCCUCCAGUGGGCUGGCAGGGAGCACGGGUUUCUGCUCUGAGGAAAUGGGAGAUGACGACGUCUUUGAGGACAGCACAUCUGCAAAAUCAAAGAGCAAGGUCCUGCGGGCGCCCCUCUGCUCAGUGGAGAAGGACAGUGACCUGGAUUGUCCUUCUCUCUCUGAAAAAUGUCCCCCCAUCUCUCCUGUGUCUACCUCAGGGGAUGCCUGCAGGAUCUGUCACUGUGAAGGGGAUGACGAGAGCCCUCUGAUCACACCCUGUCACUGCACCGGGAGCCUCCACUUCGUGCACCAGGCCUGCCUGCAGCAGUGGAUCAAGAGCUCCGACACACGUUGCUGCGAGCUCUGCAAGUACGAGUUCAUCAUGGAGACCAAGCUAAAGCCUUUGAGAAAAUGGGAGAAGUUGCAGAUGACAGCCAGUGAGCGCAGGAAGAUCAUGUGCUCAGUAACAUUUCAUGUCAUCGCCAUCACCUGUGUGGUCUGGUCCUUGUAUGUGCUCAUUGACCGCACGGCUGAGGAGAUCAAGCAGGGGCAAGUGACAGGAAUCCUAGAGUGGCCCUUUUGGACUAAAUUGGUGGUUGUGGCCAUUGGCUUUACUGGAGGACUUCUUUUCAUGUACGUUCAGUGCAGAGUAUACGUACAAUUAUGGAAGAGACUCAAAGCUUAUAACAGAGUAAUCUAUGUCCAAAACUGUCCAGAAACAAGCAAAAAGAAUAUUUUUGAAAAAUCUGCACUAACAGAGUUCAACUUUGAAAAUAAAGACGGACGUGGACUCUGUCAUUCGGACACAAACUCUUCUUGUUGCACAGAACCUGAAGACACUGGAGCAGAGAUUGUUCAUGUCUGAUUGUGUGGAGGGUGUAGCUUUCCCGGACAUCCAUGAACAGUUGAAGGAAAUUGUUUACUGCCAGUUGUGUACCUUUUCUGUCCUUUGACGGCAUCAAUUGGGCAGGUGACUAUUUUUAAUGGCUUCUUUUUUUCUAGAUCCUCCUUAGUGAACCUCCUGGAAAGCCCUCACAUUGGCUGUUCGUAGCUGGCUUCCACUUCUGCCAGCAUGUCUAUGGGAAGGGAAGAAGGAAGAUCCCAUGGCAUCAUAAUACGGAGCUGGCUGGGUUCUGGCCCAUGGUCUUGAACAGAAUGAGAGAAUAAAAUGCCAGACUUAAAGGAAGAGCGAGAGCAGGGUAGUACCCAGUCCUUUGUGUGCAGCCUGUUCCCGGUGGCAGCAGUGCCUCCCAUGGAGCAGUGUUUGGGGAUGUCUAGCCACCAUGAGAAAUUUCCCCUCAGGGGAGGUAAGCGCCCUCUGCUGAUGCCACUGAUAUUUCUCCCAAGCAGGCAGGACGUGGUGCUCUGUGUGUGGUGGCGAAGUGAUUCACUAAGCAAGCAGCACUUUACGAAAAGAGAAUUAUUUUGUACUAUGAGUGUCCAGUGGAAUUGACACUUAACAGAGUAUAUAUCAUUUAGAAACCUCUUUGUUACCCUGAUUAUGUCUUCUACCUUAUAGAUCUAAAACCCUUUUUGCCUUAUAUGUUCUGAGAACCAUAUCUAUUCUGUUGAUACAAGAGAUGUGUGACUAUAAAGCAGGACAAACAGGUCUGAGGUUUCUUUCAACAUUUCAUGGGAAUUAAUGGAUGCUAAGUGGCCAUUGGCUCAUAAUUCCUAUAGUCGAGCCCAUUUUAUGACAAGUCUUUAUGUUAUAGGCCUGCCCCCAAUGUUUCUUUCUCAUCAACCCUGAAAAAGAAGGGUUUAUGAGAUCUACACAAAAGGGAAGAAAGUGAAUAAUUAGGACAAAAUGGAAUAUUUGAAAACUAUUCCUUUACAGACAAACCUCUCCAGUUUGCCUUGGCUUCAUACUGAAAGAGCUAGGGUGUGUACACAGCAGGUGCUCGAGGCUGCUUGCCAUCUUGGCCAGCUUCCACUUCUGGGAGGUUCUGUGGAUCAUUGGCCAGGGCAGACGCAUACAGGCUGGCUCUGGAACAAAGGCCAGGAGUGAGCAGCAAACUGCCACGGUCCACUGUGUCAUUGCCCCCGUCCACACCCCCACCUAUUACUCGCCUUAACUGGACUGAACAGAGGAUCCUUUCUGGGCCCCUUGCCCUGCAGUCAGUCCAUUCUGUCAUCAGGGAUUAGCUCCUGGAUCAUUUUCAUAAAACAACCAGAACCAAAAUCACUACAAUCAAAUGGCCUUUGUCCCUGCAAAAAGUCUGCUUAGAAUUCUGUUUUUACAAACCACUUUCAUCAUGCCAGGCAAAUAAGAGGCAACUUGAGGGAAGGAGGCCAGCAGGGUGGUCUGCAAUUAAUGUGAGUAUUUCUAGUUACUUACUCUCCAGGUGACUCCACAUCUGCAGAGCCUUUUUAGGGAGGGGGAUGUCUGGAGGUCCUGUCCUCAGUUCUCUGAGACUUAGAUGCCUCAUCCAUCCUAUUAAGACGGUGAAGCAAAUACAAGAUAAUUUCUUUGCCUUUCAGAGCGGAAGCCUGUGAUUUUGUUUUGAAAGUCAGGAGAAGAUUUGAAGAGUCUCUAAAACUCUGGGGGAGGGCUUAUGGUUAGCAGGCUCUGCCCUGCCAUCUCCUUCCACUCAGAAUCUGAGGUAUAGGAUUUUGGGGCCAAGUCUGAAGAGCUGUGCUGCCCUUACCUUCCUCUGGAUAGACAGGUGCUGACCAGCCACAAGCUGACCCCUGAAGAUAGGCCAGCCUGCCCUCUCGCCGUCUCCCAGGCCACCUCCAGCCCGUGGCUGUGUUCACUGUGCCCCAAAGUGCAAUUACCCACACCCCUUCUCAGCCUGGGGACACCAUGCAGCUACAGACUGUCCGCUCAGGGGAGCUAAAUCUUGGGUCGGCUCUGCCUAUGCCCCUUAGGAACUGCCCAGGCAAGGUCCUGUGUCUCUGCUGCCCUUUGACUGCAGAUGAGUGUGAAUGGUCAUGUUAAGACUAGGUAGGUUUUUAAGUGGGCCUCCUUCCUCGCUCCCUUCUAUGGAACCCUUUAUGCUGAACUUGAAAAGCACACUUCCUGUAGAGAGGAAAGUGUGCUUAGGUGGGCAUAGCCCCUGGGCAGCCCACCCAUUGUGACUGGCACUUCCUAUGGCAGAGGUGCCUUUGUAACCGUGAUUGUUGUGUUGCUCCUCACACCCAACCUUCGGUGCGUGUUGCCUUCUCACUUCUUUUCUGAAGGCCUAGCACUAUCUCACCACCUCUGGCCAAGCUCCUAAAGGCCCUUUGCCUGUGGACAGUUCAUCCCUUGCCCAUUCCUUUUGGAGUGGCACACAGCUCCCCCUUGUCUUUCUCUUGCAACCUCUAAUUGAAUACCUGUGAUCCCAUCUUAGCCCCAACUCUAACUCUACUCCCACUAACAGAAGCCUGAAGCUCUAGGAAGGUGCUGUGCUGCCAUCUAGUGGGAGCAUUGGACCUGCCACUUCUUCCCUUGCUUAGCUUGUGUCCCCUUAUCUGCUAGGUUCUUUGGGGAGUUAUUUAUUCCCCAGUUUCCUCUCAAUUUGUAUCUGCUUUAGUGGGAGGAUGGUACUUGUUUGAACCAUAUAGAAAUGUGGGAUCAACUUGCAGGUCUCAGGACUAGCAGGGUUGUUACUUGUGGGCCAGGCAUUGGGGUGGGGAGGGAAGCAUCCUCAGAGGUGCUUCCAGCCAGCACUCCUCCCCGCCCCACAAAAAACAAAACAAAACAAAACAAAACUUACAGUACAAUUCAAGGGCUUCUGACUUUGGCUGCCAGCAGUAAUUUGGUUUUUGUGCCCAAGUUUAAGAAUUUUGUAGGAACUUUGUAAAGAGUCUCUUCCUAUUUCAGGCCUGUAAUGUUGCUUCCUUUUGUGCCUCAGUCCACUAUUUUCAGUCUUACUGGCAUAGUUUCCAAGUCUGCAGAUGCACCCAACCUGGUGACAGACCCCCCAGACCCCAGGCCAUAGAAGUCAGUUCAAGAGCUUUGGGUAAUGGCUGCACGGGUUGGAACUGCUUCUGCUCCUGGUGGUAGGCUGGAUGCAGGACUGGAGGAGAACUGAGAACAGAGGGCAAAGCAAGCUCCACUGUGCUGUGGAUUUGGCCUUUCGAAAUACUUUCCUUCUGGAUCUGAUCUGCAACAUGCAGCUUCCAUCUCUAGCCCCCAAAUGACCAAGACACAGGGAAAUAAAAGGAUUUGUCUUUGUUUUGGAUAUAAUUAAGUUGUGCAGCUCAUCAUCUAUUUAGAUGCAAUGUUUAUAGAAAGUUGAUUGUUAAUAAAAAACCAAAUUUACACUGGCAUGUGUGGUGUAGUUUCUAAAAGGCACUUCACAUUUGAAGUUUUUCUUAGAAAGUUUCUAGUUCUCUAAAUGUCUAGUUUUAUAUCCUUUUGCAUAUGUUCACUGUUUCUCAGUAUUACCCCCUGAAUAAUUCUCUGUACAGAGGGGUUGUUUGUGCUAUUCAUGGGGGUGUCUAAUUGCAGCAAUAAAGCAUUUCUUUAAAGGAGUUUUGCCACAAGAGUCUUUUCCUGC